CGCUUCCUUAUUUCAUUUAAUUAUUUCUAAACUUUAUUGCAUUGGAAAGACAAUCACAACGAUUUCAUAAGCCUCUCGUAACUGCAUUUUUCACAAAAGCUUUUGUAGAAUAUAUAGCCGGUAGUGGUGUGAUUUACGAGUGAUCUGUGUGGCGCGGGAAAGAUAAUUAAUAUCAUUACGCUGAGUGCCUUAGUAGGCACCAAUAAAUUAACUGCUGUGAUCUUAACCAUGGGCGUAUGUGUGCUACUAUGAACAACACAAACACUGACACAUAAUGUUAGCUUCUACUGUUUCUGUACGUGCCCUGUCGCGAUCUGCCUCGCUAGCUCAAAUCAAGCGCGUCACGGUCAUUGGAGGAGGGGCUAUGGGAUCUGGAAUCGCUCAGGUUACUGCCCAGGCCGGUCAACAGGUGACCAUCGUAGACCAGAAACAGGAACUGCUAGACAAAUCUAUCCAGGGGAUCCGAGGUUCGCUUACACGACUCGUCAAAAAGAAGUUUGCCGAUGACGCGAAGGCUGCUGAAACUUUUUUUGAAAAAACUAUUAGCUCAAUUAAGACCUCAACGGUGGCCGAAGAUGCUGUGAAGGAUACAGAUCUUGUAAUUGAAGCUAUUGUAGAGAAUCUUGAAAUCAAGCAAAAACUUUUCGCUUCUCUGGAUAAAGCUGCACCUCCAAAUGUAAUUUUCGCCUCUAACACUUCAUCUCUUUCGAUUGCUGAAAUUGCAUCGGCAACCAAACGUGAGGAACGAUUCGGAGGUUUGCAUUUUUUUAACCCCGUGCCAGUUAUGAAGCUCCUUGAGGUUAUCCGUGCCUCUAAGACUUCAGACGACACAAAUAUGAAGAUCACUGAGUGGGGCAAAAACAUCGGAAAGACAACAAUUGCUUGCAAGGAUACGCCUGGCUUUGUCGUGAACCGGCUUUUAGUGCCUAACCUGGUUGAAGCCAUUAGGCUGUUGGAGAGAGGAGAUGCCUCAGCUCGGGAUAUUGAUAUUGCUAUGAAGCUUGGUGCUGGCCAUCCUAUGGGACCAUUAGAGCUUUUGGACUUUGUGGGGCUUGACGUUACAAAAUUCAUCAUUGAUGGUUGGCACAAGAAGUUUCCCGAUAAUACUCUUUUCAAGCCAUCGCCGUUGUUGAACCGAUUAGUCUCGGAAAACAAGCUCGGCAUCAAGACAGGAGAAGGUUUCUAUAAGUAUGAAAAGAAGAAGUAAACAUGUGCAAUACGCAGUACCGAAGCAGUAUACAUAUAGAAUCGUUGCAAUUUUAAUUGUUGGUGAUUAGCUAUAGUUGGUUGGAAAUGUUGUACCACAUGAAAUAAAAUUUAUAACGCUCUGUCUAUUUUAUUACAUACAUAUUUUAGUACAUAGAUAACUCAAUGGAAUUUUAAUGUAGAAAAAUAAAGGGUUUUUAUAUUUCUAGCAAAAGGUGUGCGGCGUUUUUAAAAGCUUUCUUUUGGGAUACCUCAGUGAACUAAGUCACGUUUUAGAACGGAGCAGAUAUUUAGUAAUUUUAAUUCAAAUUUCUAGAUGACAUAGCUCUUGCUAGCAGUCUUAAUCUAGUCGCUGAAAAAUGUCCCUACACUUUAACUGACAUAAUUAUCGAACGUUUUAGCUACAAUCUAUAUUGAAUUCGAAGGUCGAUUUUAAAUGUGAUUGAGUUGACUUUAGAAUUAGUAUAGUAGAAAUGUUAGCUUAUAUUUCAAGCGUCUAUUUGAGUGUGACUAACAAUAGAUGUAUAUAACUAAAUGUAUGUAUAUACUUUUAGAUAUUCCUAAGUUACACGUCGUUUCGCUGACCAAAUGACCACUGCUCUCGGCUAGACAUUUUUCAAACUUUUGUAUUCUAUCAUUCAGCUAAAUUUUCGAGCGCUGAACAAGGAACAAAUCGCAGAGGAUUUCUCUAAUCUUACACAUCUCCUAUAAUUUUUUUUCGUUUGGUAUAUAUAUAUAUAUAUAUGUAAUAUCGACAAUCUGCAUAUGCUGCCGGCUGUAAGCAUCCGUUUGCAUAGCAGCGCCAACCUCUCUUUUUUGAUGCAAUCUUUCCGUAAAUAGUUUCAUGUUUGUCUCUCGCUUUCUCUCUCUCUCUCUCUCUCAUAUAUAUAUAUAUAUAUAUAUAUAUAUAUAUAUAUAUAUAUAUAUGGAUAUAAUUUAUUUGUAUUGUUCAUUCAGAUUAUAUGUGAGCUUUGUGAUAUAUUCGAAAUAUAUGUCAAUCAUUACUAUGAUCAAGGCCAAAUUGUGUAGGAUAUCGUGUGUGUUGUUGUCGCGUGCAGUCAUCUACUCUAUAGAGUCAAUACAUCAUGAGAAUACUUAUUUUGCCACACACGUGAUCCAUUCUCCUAAAGAAACUUUUUAAUAAUGUCUACUAGAUUAUCGAAAACUAUCUUCUUUGGAAUCAUACGUAUAAUAACGAAUGCCAAAUUGUAUCUCUCUUUCUUUGCCUUUUCGUUAGGUUCUUUGGCGUUGUAACUAUUGAGUGAACAGAUUUUGUGGUUGUUUUUAUUUACCUUUAUCUUUGACGUCAUUUUGUUGUCAGUUGAAAAUUGAGGUUCUUAGUGUAUUUCUGUAUUCGUCGUUUAGUUACUAUAUAGAUAGAUAGAUAGAUAGAUAGAUAGAUAGAUUAACAGUUUGAGUCUGUCAUUUCUAUCGAAACUCAGCUUUCUUCCUCCAUAAAUUGCUCAUGUUUUGGUGCCCCUACAGUAGUUCUCGUUCGUAUCCCUUCCAUAGUGCUUUUUCCAUUGUGUUUACUACUAAUUGACCUAACUUGUUCACGAUUUAGCAAUGAUUGUUGAAUUUUUUGUCUGUAUAAGUUAAUAAUUUGUUUUCCUUUUCAAUCUGUGGUCGUUUGUCCUGUGAAUCUUCGGUUUUUCUGCUUGUAUACUCGAUAUUUAGCGGUGUCCAUGUUAGAUGGGGAUGAUUUGCGAUGUUGUUUAGAAUGUUAAAGGUAGUUUGUUUCGAAAACGUCAGUUUGGAUCUCGCAUCUAAUUGGUUUUCAUUGCUGUUAAUAUCGACUCGUGCCAAUACACGACUGAGAAGAGUUUGCUUAAGUGUAAGUGCAUCUCACUAUUGCAUGGCACCUUUUUUUGUGUUGCAUUACUUGUGUUUCUUUGCCACGUUACGAUUACGUUUUAUGAUUUCUCUGUAGCUGUCAGCAGGUUGAUCAAUAGUCGAUUACCUGACAGCAAUAGACAGCUUCUCGUUAUACGGAGGUGCUCUACGCUUUUCUUGUUCAGCUAGACACGAAUUACCAUGAGAACACAUAUAAAGUGGUGUAAAUAUAUGUACGAAUUUUGACGGAGGAUAAGGGAGAAGAAAGUAUACGUACAUGACAUGAGAUAGGCUUUGUCUGUUCUUGUGUGUGAAAGAUAUGCAUAUUGCGCAUGGUUCAUUACACUCUGCCGCAAGUCGUAUUUCAUUCGUGGAAUUUACAAUACCAGAACAUUCAAUAUGUGUAAUAAUUUUAGAAAAAUAUAUCUAUGAGGUAACGCGUACUGGAACAAAACAAUUCA